AUGAAGCUUUUCACUGUCUUUACUUCUGUCAUUGUCGCUGUGACGUGCCUCCUUCAGCCUUCAGUUGCUCAAACCACGAUUCACCUUCGUGUGCACACUGUAAAGACAAGCAACACCUGUUACUUGCAGUGUGAUUCAGGCAAGUACUGCCCAAAUGGCGCGUCAUCCUGUCAAGCACCUCCCGCCGGUCAGUGUUUUAACCCGGCCCAGGGCGUCUUCCAGACAAAAUGUGACGCCGGCUUCAAGUGUGACAAUGGCAAGUGUGUAGCAGAACUUCCCAUCUGCUACUUGAAGUGUGAUUCAGGCAAGUACUGCCCAAGGGGUGCGUCAUCCUGCCAAGCACCUCCCACCGGUCAGUGUUUUAACCCGGCCCAGAGCGUCUUCCAGAACGGUUGUGACGCCGGCUUCAAGUGUGACAAUGGCAAUUGCGUCCAUUCAUAA